AUGGGAAGUGCCAAGAAAAAACAUCUGGAAUUAUUCACUCAAUUGAUAUUCACCCAUCACGGAAACACACUUUUCUGCGUUUCACAGGCAGGAGGCUCUUCAGGCACUGUAUUUGCUUGGGAUCUUAGAGCACAACAACAGCCUAUUGUCCUUUCGGGUGCCGGGACAGGUGAGGCUCCAAUUUCUUUGUUAUCUGAAAGUGAAGUUUGGGAAGUUCAGUAUGAUCGCUACACAAGGUCUUCAAACACCAGCAACAUCUCUUCCACACGGAUUCUACCUAUAAUGAUCUGCUCCGAAGAUGGGAUCCUCGCGGUUAUUAAACAAGGUGAAGAACCCUUGGAGCUGCUAGCCGAGCCCUGUGCAGUUAAAUGCUUUGACAUUGAUCAGCAGAAUCCCUCUGAUGUCAUAUGUAGCUCGGAAUGGGAAUCUAUAGCCAUCUUGACAAGGUCUUGA